AUGAUAUGUCAACGACAUUUACCAUUUAUUGCUAAUCGUAUUAUAUCUCUUAGUCUGUCUGAUUACAGAGAAACUCCCGGACAAAUUAAUCUAUUUCUAUCUUAUAUACCAUCAUUCAAUCAAUUCACUAAUCUACGUUCACUUUCAUUAUCUAACCUUCAUUCAUAUCAAACAUUAUUGAAACUCUUAAAUGAAUGUCAUCAUAUGAAUAAUCUUACUCAUUUAAAUUUUUAUUCUUGUUCUUUUCCAAAUGAGCAAGUCAAUUUCCAAUUUAUUGUUGACACAGUUUGGAGUUUACCAAAACUUACUAAUUGUUUUUUUAGUAUUAUGGAAGAACAACAGAUUUUUCAUAUGCCAACAGUUAUCUCUUCAUCUCUCAAAUAUUUAUCUAUCUUUGGAAGUGAACUUCAACGGAAUCAAAUAAAACGAUUAUUUGAUUAUACUCCUCGUCUUAAACAUCUUUCAACAUCAAUGAAGUCUGUUAUUGAUACUGAUUAUAUAGUAUCGCCAGUGCCAACAUUAACUACAUUGAAUCUUUAUUUUUUUGAUGAUCAUCUCACUUCGAAAAUUCAUCUUUUCUUCCAAGGUAUGCCUAAUUUAUGUCAUUUGGGUAUCAACAUACAGUCUGAACUGAUCGAUGGUUAUCGAUGGGAACAAAUCAUUCGUAAUUACUUGCCUACACUUAAAAUAUUUCGACUAAAAGUGAAAAAAAGACUUUUUCAACAGGAAAAUAUUCACGAACGAGUUGAUCAAUUGAUUAAUUCAUUUAGAAGUUUAUUCUGGAUUGAUGAACAUCAAUGGUUUGUUCGAUGUUUUACACAGAACAGAUUUAUUUAUCUCAACACUCUAUCUGAUUCGUUUGAUUGCUAUGAAAGUAUUUGUACCUCAUGGCGAUCGACAUAUCCACUCGAUAAUCAAAAAGAAUUUUAUGAUAAUAUGACUAGCAUCUAUAACGAAACAUUUUUCAGUCGACCGAUUCCUUAUUACAUUCGUUUAACUAAUAUCAAAUCUCUUUAUAUAAAACUCCCUAUCAAUAAUCAAUUUUGGUCUAUUGUUCCAAGUUUAAACCGACUACGCUCGCUUACAGUAUCAUCUCAUACUGAUGCUUUUCAAUCUCAAUUGCAAACUUUAUUAGAUCAAGCACUUCAUCUUUACACACUAACUAUUCGUCAAGAUACAUCAUUACCUUUACAAAUAUCAUUAUUCAAAUAUAUAAAUAAAUCAGUUCGUCGUUUCGAUUUAUAUGACUGUAAUUAUUGUUUCAACGAGAAAGAAUGUACUACAUUGAGUCGUUCAUCUCUUGGUAGUCAAUGUGAAGUUCUUUCCAUUCGAGUUAAGAAUCGCGAAAGUAUCGUUCAUCUUGUCAAAAAUAUGUUCAAUCUUCGAGCAUUAAUUGUCGAAUGCAUAGAUACAAAAUGUGAUCAACGAUCAAUAUUAACAAAAACCAAUGAUGAACUUAUUCAAUGGUUAAAAAGUCAUUUGCCGUUAACAUAUUUGAUCAUAAGAGAUCCAGAAACUGAUAAUGAUAUCUUAAUAUGGAUCUAA